AUGUCUCAAAUCAGUUUUUCAGUUGCUCAUAAACGUUACGUAUCUUCUUUAUAUAGACGUGCUUUGAAAACUUCUCUCGAUUGGUGUGUAGAUCGUGAAGCUUGGCGUCGAAAAGCUAUAGAGAUUCGUGCAAGAUUUGAUGCAAAUAAAAACGUUAAUAGUAUUAAACAUUUGAGAGCAUUAUUAGAAGACGCCGAAAACGAACUUGAGAAAUAUCGUCAUCCUGACCCUUAUAGAUAUCCUACAGCUCCCGGAGGAACAAAAUGGGAAAGACACAUUCCACCUACACCACAUGUCACCAUUCAGG